AUGCAGCUCCUACUCUUAACAACCAGGCGUCCACUGCAGCUGCUCCUACUGAUCUCCGCCAUGGCCAUAACCAGUGCAGCUGCAGCCUUGUAUCCAUCAUCAGGCCAUGGCACAUGGCCUAACGACGAGAGAGCUCUUGUGGCUUUCAAGGCGAAGAUCUCCGGCCACUCCGGCGUGCUGGACUCGUGGAACCAGAGCACCAGCUACUGCAGCUGGGAGGGAGUCACCUGUGGUAGGAGGCACCGGUGGAGGGUGGUAGGCCUGAAUCUCAGCUCCCAGGACCUCGCCGGCACCAUCUCCCCUGCCAUCGGCAAUCUCACCUUCCUGCGCUUACUCGACUUGCGCUACAACAGCCUUCAAGGCGAGAUCCCUGCCAGCAUUGGCUACCUCAGGCGUCUCCGACGCCUUUACAUGGGCGAUAACAUGCUCACUGGUGUCAUCCCAAGUAACAUCAGCCGCUGCAUCAGCCUCCGUGAGAUUGUCAUCCAAGACAACAAAGGCCUGCAGGGAAGCAUCCCAGCCGAGAUUGGCAACCUGCCAGCACUCUCAGUUCUUGCGCUGGACAACAACAGCAUUACCGGAACCAUCCCGUCAUCUCUUGGGAAUCUUUCCCAGCUGGCCGUGUUGUCCUUGGCAAGGAACUUCCUCGAGGGACCAAUCCCUGCAACCAUCGGCAACAUUCCAUAUCUCACCUGGCUUCAGCUCUCUGCUAAUGACCUCUCUGGCUUGCUCCCUCCUUCCCUAUACAACCUAUCAUUUCUUCAGGACUUUUUUGUGGCUAGCAACAAGUUGCAUGGCCGUCUACCAACUGACCUGGGGAAAAAUCUUCCAAGCAUCCAACAGCUUGAGAUUGGAGGAAACAGAUUUACUGGAGCUCUUCCACUGUCCCUAACCAACCUCUCCAGGCUCCAGAUUCUUGACUUGGUUAGUAAUAACUUUACUGGAGUUGUUCCUGCUGAAUUGGGCAGAUUGCAACAACUUGAAGCAUUAGGUCUGGAUGAGAACAUGUUAGAGGCAAACAACGAGGAAGGGUGGGAAUUUAUUGAUUCUCUGGUGAAUUGUACCAGAUUGUGGCACCUGUCCUUUGGAUCAAAUAGAUUUUCAGGGAAGCUGCCAGGUCCGUUGGUUAAUCUGUCUACUAAUCUCCAGUGGCUGCAGAUUCGCACCAACAACAUAUCCGGUGGCAUCCCAUCAGAUAUUGGAAAUUUGGCAGGUCUUCAGGUACUUGAUUUUGAAGAAAACUUACUCACUGGGGUCAUUCCUGACAGCAUCGGGAAGCUUACACAAUUGCAGCAGCUAGCCAUCAAUUCAAACUACCUCUCAGGACAUCUGCCAUCCUCCAUCGGAAACCUUUCUACUCUACUUCAACUUUAUGCAGGCAACAACACCUUGGAGGGGCCAAUUCCACCAAGCAUUGGAAACUUGAACAAACUUUUAGCUCUACAUUUGCCAAAUAACAACCUUACUGGCAUGAUUCCUAACAAAAUUAUGGAGCUGCCGUCGAUCUCAAAGGUUUUCGAUCUGUCCAACAACAUGCUAGAGGGACCACUUCCAUUAGAAGUCGGUAGGUUGGUAAAUCUCGGACGGCUCUUCCUAUCAGGAAACAAAUUGGCAGGUGAGAUACCUGAUACUUUUGGAAACUGCAGGGCCAUGGAAAUCCUCUUAAUGGAUGGCAAUUCAUUCCAAGGAAGCAUACCUGCUACUUUCAAGAACAUGGUAGGCUUGACUAUACUUAAUUUGACGGACAACAAACUGAAUGGAAGCAUCCCUGGCAACCUGGCUACCCUUACCAACCUACAAGAGUUGUAUCUUGGCCACAAUAAUUUAUCUGGAACAAUCCCAGAGCUUUUAGGUAAUUCAACAUCACUGCUUCGCCUAGAUCUGUCCUACAACAAUUUGCAAGGUGAAAUACCAAAACGAGGAGUUUACAAAAAUUUGACUGGAAUAUCAAUUGUUGGUAACAAUGCGUUAUGCGGGGGGAUACCACAGCUCCAUCUACCAAAAUGCCCAAGCUCUUGUGCAAGAAAGAAUAGGAAAGGCAUACGCAAGUUUCUUAGAAUAGCAAUCCCAACAAUAGGAUGUCUUGUCUUAGUUUUUCUGGUUUGGGCUGGAUUUCACCACAGAAAGUCCAAGACAGCACCGAAGAAAGAUUUGCCACCACAAUUUGCAGAGAUAGAGCUUCCAAUAGUUCCAUACAAUGAUAUACUGAAAGGAACAGAUGAAUUUUCUGAAGCAAAUGUGCUUGGAAAGGGAAGAUAUGGUACAGUAUAUAAGGGCACCCUAGAAAAUCAAGCCAUUGUUGUAGCUGUUAAGGUAUUCAAUCUCCAGCUAUCAGGAUCAUAUAAAAGUUUCCAGGCGGAAUGUGAGGCACUAAGGAGAGUAAAGCACCGAUGCCUUGUAAAAAUCAUCACAUGUUGUUCAAGCAUCGACCACCAAGGCCAGGACUUUAGAGCACUAGUCUUUGAGUUGAUGCCUAAUGGAAGCUUAGAUAGAUGGAUCCACUCAAAUUUAGAAGGCCAAAAUGGACAAGGAGCACUCAGCUUGUCACAUAGGUUGGAUAUCGCUGUGGACAUUAUGGAUGCUUUGGACUAUCUUCAUAACGGUUGCCAGCCAUUGAUCAUCCAUUGCGAUCUCAAGCCAAGUAACAUUCUUCUCAAUCAGGACAUGAGGGCUCGUGUUGGGGAUUUUGGAAUUGCUAGAGUUCUAGAUGAAGCAACAAGCAAACAUCCUGUGAAUUCUGGGAGCACAUUAGGAAUAAGAGGUUCCAUCGGUUAUAUUGCUCCAGAAUAUGGAGAAGGUCUUGCAGUAUCGACUUGUGGUGACAUGUUUAGUCUUGGUAUCACCUUGCUAGAGAUGUUCACAGCAAAGAGGCCAACAGAUGAUAUGUUCAGAGAUGGUUUAAGCCUACAUGGUUAUGCUGAGGCGGCUCUUCCUGACAAAGUUAUGGAGAUAGCAGAUUCCAACCUAUGGAUGCUUGAUGAAGCAAGCAAUAGCAAUGAUACAAGGCACAUAACAAGAACCAGGAAAUGUUUGUCCGCCAUCAUUCAGCUUGAUGUCCUGUGCUCAAAGCAAUUGCCCUCAGAGCGUUUGUCAAUAAGCGAUGCUACUGCAGAGAUGCAUGCUAUCAGAGAUAAGUAUGUUAGUGCUCAGUGA